CGGAAGCACUUUGGCCAUUCCAUUCGACAAGGACCGCGUUUCUGUUCUCCUGUUACUACUAUUUCCUGGUCGUUGAUCUGAUUUGAGGAACCUGUAAUUACCGCAAGAGAUUUUAUCAAUUGGCAGUUUGUAGUCCUGAAUCACUAGUCUGCUUCAAGAAUUAGUACCAGGAAAGAAUAAAUUCGGACGGAUUGCUGAUACGACUAAAAGAACCUAUUACUACCGCAAGGGAUUUUACAAUCAGUUUGGAGUUUGUUUGUAGUCCUGAUGUGCUCCUGAUACUCAAUUCUGCUGCAAGAAUUACUAUCAGGAAAGCAUGAAUUUGAACACAAUUUUGGUUCACAAUGUGCUCAAGGCUCCCAAGACAACACGAGACGGUUGUUUUUGGUCUUUAAGCGAAGAUUUUUGAAAUGGAUCGAUAAAAUCGAUCUCCUUCGUCUCUAAAUGCAGGCAACCAAACGUGCGGACCUGCAUUUAUUGCCAGAGUUCAACGACUCCAAGCAGAAAAUGCAACAACACCCGACGUGGCUUGGCACUCCCACUCGAACAACAACAAGAUGGAAGAAGAACAAGAUAAAAAUCUCUGUAGGAUUUGUUUAAAACUGAUUCCAACUAAUGGCAAACGCCACAUUUUAAAAGAGCUCGAACGGAAGCUCUUAGAAUGCCUGCCGGAGAUCGACUUGUCGAUUCCGGCCAACCCCCUCUCCUGCGACGAAUGCCUCGUGUCGAUCAAGGCGAUGUACUCCUUCAAGCAGCUAUGUCUCAUGACCGAAGAUCUCGUCCAAGAUCUCAGGCGGAAAUCCAUACCAUUCGCGGACGCCGUAAAGUACGUCAACCUCAGCCGGGUGAAGACCGAAGUGGUCGAGCUCGAGGUGAUCGACGACUCGGAGAUCGACUUCAAUAACGAUGUACCGACCGCUUCGAAUGACGAGGAGACCGUGUUCGUUUGUUUUACUUGCAAUUCCAAGUGCGAUAGUCGGCGGAAGAUCUUGGCCCAUUUGAAAACGCACAAGAGGACCGUCGUUUUUAAAUGUGACACUUGCGAUUACUCAACUCCCCAUAAUUUCACGUUGACUGCCCACAAGAAGAUCCACUCGGGUGUUAAGCCGUUCAAGUGCACUCUUUGUAGCUACACGUGCGUGAAGAAGUCGUCAUUGGUGCCCCAUAUGCGGGUGCAUACAGGGGAAAAACCCCACUCGUGCGAUAAGUGCGAGUUUAAAACGGCCCACCCCGAUAAAUACAAGCUGCACUUGCAGUCGCACGCGAACGAGAAGCCGUUACAGUGCGCAAAUUGCGAUUACACCACGAAUCGCAAGGACACGUUGAUUUAUCACAUGAUGGUUCACAGGGGAGAAAAGCCAUUUCAGUGUAGUCAGUGCGAUUUCAGCACGCGUGCCCGUUCGGUGCUAAAGGGCCACCUGCAGAAGCACGCCGGGAUUCACAAUCAUCAGUGCCAGCUGUGCGAUUUUGGAACGUCGACAAAGGCGAUGUUAGAAUUGCACAUGCGUAUACACUCGCACGAAAAGCCCUACAAGUGUGACAAAUGCAAUUACUCCUCGCGACAACGUUCCAACUUGCGCACGCAUUUAAAAAGGCACCUCAACAUCAAACCCUUCGCAUGUGAACACUGCAAAACGAGCUUCUCCAACAAAUCCAACAUGAAAAAGCACAUUCUCGCCGUCCACUUUAAAGGCACCGUGGAAAAACGGCACAAAUGCGAACAGUGCAAUUACCGUACGGACUCCUCCCAGGCCCUAAAGGACCACACUCGCUCGCACACCGGCGAAAAGCCAUUCAAGUGCGACGUGUGCGAUUAUCGUUCGACCCAAAAGUCGCACCUACGCGUGCACAUGCGAAGACAUACGGGCGAAAAGAACUUCAAGUGUAACAAGUGCAAGUACGCCGCGACAACUAACGCGUCGUUAAAGACGCACAUGCGCACUCACACAGGGGAGAAGCCGUACAAGUGCGUCGAAUGCAAUUACUCUUGCACUCAGGCGACGACGUUGAGCACGCACCGAAAGCGGCACCUAACGAAGUCGAUGAUGGAAUGCAACGGGUGCGAUUUUAAAACCAUCAACAAGCUCGACUUUAAAAAACACAAAUGUGCAAUGUAAUCUACCUCGACAUUUUGAAUUCUGAGGUUAUGUUUUAAAUUUGUUGACUGUUG